ACACACACCCAAAGACACACAUGAAUGUAUGCUGGGACAGCAGAAAUUUUUGGCUUGAACUCUUAGAGAUUCUGCAUAUUUAAUGCCUCCAAUAGUUCCGGGUAGCGUAUCCCAGGAUCCUCCCUCCUCACAAAACACCCCUGCAGCCAGAGAUACGACUACAUCACUCUGUCACCACAGUCUGCUUAGAUGCAGCUACACAGCCUCAUAAUGGGAUCUCUGAUCAUAGUAACUUGCAUCCUCCUAACACUUGCAUCUAUGGGCCAUUCUCUUACAUGUGUGGUCUGUAGAUCUGAAGAAGCGUUCACUUGCACGGGAGAGGAAAGAGUGUGUCCUAAGGACUAUGUGUGUGCAUCUACCAGCACCGUCACUAUAAUGGAGGGGAGAGCAACAAAAACAUUUACCAGGUCAUGUGAAAGACGUAACACCUGUGGGACUGCCGGGAGUAUUGGCUACCAGAGGGGCAAAAUCAAAACAGCCAUUUCCUGUUGUUACUCAGAUUCCUGCUAUCCCUCCAACCCUGCGUUGCCACCGGAUGAUGCCCAGAGGAACGGCCUGUCCUGUCGGAGCUGCACCUCACACGAUUCUAUUUGGUGCCACACUAGCGAAACAAUUGAUUGCACCGGACAAGAAAAUAAGUGCAUCUUCCAGACAGAUGUAUAUUCAGGAGCUAAAUAUGGGAAGACAGCUGUCCGUGGAUGCGGAACCAAAGCAAUCUGUGACAUCGGAAGCCAAACCCACAAUUAUGGAGGCACUAAUCUGAGAAGAGAGAUCACCUGCUCAAAUGACGGCUUCAGCCUGCGCUCCAGUUUACUGCUUCUGGCCAUUACAGUUGCAUCGGCAUUCAGAUUAAUGCUGUAGUCCACAUUGGUCAUCGGCAGUAUACAGAGCCACUGUUCCAGCAGUGUUCAACUUCCCGUGUGUGACCGUUGGGAGCGCAACUUUUGGUGUCUGUUUAAUUUAAUUUUUUUAUGUCAAGCACUUAAGUGCAUGCAUUAAAUAUUAAUAUGUUGUGCAUGGGACAUGCUUACAUCACCGGUUACUGUUCCUAAUAAUACCAGGCCUACCCGUGGCCCUUAGGCUUUUAUUUUUGCCCACUCACAUACUAAUAACAUUGCUCAAAACAAAAAAAUGAAUGAUUAUGUAAAACAAUCUGAAUAAUACCGCACAAAUAAAGUAGACUAUUUAACGAUGACAUUAAACAUCUAUACAAUUAGGUAGAGAGGCUGUGCUGUUUAUUAAACAUCUGUGAGUGAGGUUAAUAGAUAACUUGCUAUUGGAAUUGCGUUGUACCUAUACGCACAGUAAAUAGCUUAUUUAUUACAGACAUGUCAUACUGGGCAGGGGUGAUAUAAAAUAUCCCGUUUAAACAAACCUCCAAUACAUGAAAGUGGCAAAUGUGGCCAUAUGCAAAGGUGUCCGUUCUUCCAUCCAUCAAUGAUCACUGAAUAACUGGAAAAUGGCCCAAAUAAUGCAAAUUGGCACAGCUAAUACUCUGGACAACAUUUGCACAUACAGUAUGCAAGCUGGUGACAUCUUAUCCAUUGCCAGAUUAAAGUCCACAUGAGUAUAUGGCUGAAAAUUAUCAGUAGACUAUUGUGAGAAGCAGAGGAGGUGGGACCAGUGCUGAGUGGGUGUGGCCAGUGCUGUGUGGUGCGUGGCCAGUAACUUGAGGGCGUGUACACCCCCUGCACUGUCAGCCCCAAUAUCUUCCUAAUAUGAAAAAAAGUUUAAACAAUUGCAUUAUUUGUUGAGGAUAAUAGAAAAUUCUAUUUAUUAUGACCAAGAGGCAGCUAUCAUAAUGAUGGUCCUAUGUUAUGUGGAGGCCUGGUGCUGUUGUCCCAUCCGCUCCAUUGUUAAUCUAGUCCUGCAUGCAGGUGAUGAGUGUAGCCAAAGAUCUUAUUGCAAGAGGUGGCCAGUAAACCAAACAGAUAAAAUAAGUAUUGCACACUGUGUGAAUGGAAAAUGAAAGUGAUAUAUAUGUAUAGUGCCAACGCCCUCACCUGUACUGGGUGACAGCUGUACUUUGCACCAGUGUUGGACUGGGCCCACCGGGGGAAUGCCGUGGUAGAGGCCCAUGCUUAGGGGUGUGGCCAACUGUCACAGAGGCUUGGCUAACCAUUGUAUGGGCCCCAUGAUAAACAUAUAUAGUAAAUAAUGCUAGUGCAUGCAUGAUAAUAAACCAGAUUGAUAACUGCAAUGCACCGUAGAUAAUAUGUAUAAUGUACAAUUCAAGUGCGCAGUCAGGAAUCUGUUCCCUAGAGGAGGAGGAGGGCCCCCAGGCAGUGGGGCUCACCGGUGGUUUCCCCUGUACCACUGUGGGCCAGUCUAACCCUGCUUUGAACCAUUAUUUCACUGGUAUGAUGUGCGCCAGUAACUUCUGAAUAUUGAGGAUAUUUCCAAACCUUUUCCAAACUGGCCAAGUGAUCAUCCGUCCUUGUAUAAAUGCAUAAACAACAGCGGAAGUGAAAGAUAAGCUGCUUCUUGUAAAGUAAAAGCACAUUGUUUCAUUUUAUUGAGUCCCUGAGCCAGAAUAUCCCCUGCGCUAAAGUAUGUCUCAGAAGCAAGUGUAGAAGUUUCUUCCUUCAUGGUAGCAAAAACAUUAUGUGUCUAUGUAAUUUUUUUACAAUUAAAAAUUCAGUUUCAUCCUCUGCUUCUUAGGGCAAUGAGACAAAGAUCGCAAUGCAGUCAGAGUCAUCGCAACUUCAUUACUGUAUAUAAUGUUUGUGUGGUUUCUAUGCACUAAUCACUAUGAUGCACAAAGAUAACAGCUUUCUUCCAAUGUUGAUAAUGAUUGUAAAUGGUGAUGUGAGUUUGGGAGAAACCGUUCUAGGUUACCUCUGGCGACACCUACAGGGGAUAAUGGUGUACAGUGAAAAAUCUAUGUUAGCCAAGAAUAACAGUCCAUUGUACAGUAAUGUCACUUUCAUGUCUGAGUAUGAACAUUUAUCGGCUGUAUCAAUAAAAGUUCAAAAAUUA